AUUUGUCCCAUUCACUACCAGAAUCAUGAAAUCAUCAUCACGCAAGUAGUACCCAAACAGUCCUCACCGCAAUAACCGCACCAGCCCUCCACACCGCACACACCUCACGCCGUCCCAGACCAGCCACCUCCAGACCUGCAUUCAUCACCUUCCUCCCCGCCACCAGCCAUGCCUUCAUCACCUCCAGCCCAGGCCGUGACUUCCCCACCCAACGAUAGCCCACUGGUUUCUUCGACCAUAACUAGUCCACUCUCCUCUAUUCCGGCUACCACCCAGAAUAUUCAUCCCAUGCAGACCCCGGCCAAAAUUUCAGGUAUUGGCAGGGGACCUUGGAUCACGGCUUAUGGUUACGUCCCACUACACAGGCCACAUGUGUUAUUGCCUAUUCUGGUGCUGAUUGGACUGGUUGCCCAGACACAUCUUGCUCCACGAUGGGAUUUGCUGCCUUCCUAGGGCCGAACCUGGUCUCUUGGAAGUUUAAGAAACAACACACAAUUUCUAAGUCUUCUACGACGGCAGAGUAUCGAGCUGUUGCUUACACCGUACAGGAUACUUUACACAUUCGUUCUAUUUUAUUCGAGCUUGGGUUUCCUGUGAAGGCUCCUGUUCAGUUAUUCUGUGAUAACAUCUUUGCUUCUUAUUUGACGACUUAUCCUAUUCAGCAUGCUCGUAGCAAACAUAUUCAGAUAGACUAUCACUUCGUUAGAGAACGAGUUGCACAUGAAGAUUUGGUCGUGAAAUAUAUUCCUACACAACUACAGUUGACUGAUAUUUUUACUAAAAGUCUUUCUAGUCAGCAGGUUUCAUUUUUUUAAAAGACAACAUGCGUGUUGUAUCUUCCACACAGUAUGAGGCGGUGUAAAAGAAUAGAAUAUCUUUAGGAAUAUUGUUUCCUUUUGUAUCUUGAACUCUCUUAAUAUAUAUACAUAUGUCACGACUCCUAUUGGAGAAUCUUUCCC